AUGGCGAAUAGUAAUCUUCCGCGUAGGAUCAUCAAGGAAACUCAACGUCUGCUUAGUGAACCUGCUCCGGGGAUAAGUGCGUCUCCGUCAGAGGAAAACAUGCGCUAUUUCAAUGUUAUGAUCCUUGGUCCUACCCAGUCUCCUUAUGAAGGUAGUGGAGUAUUUAAGUUGGAACUCUUUUUACCUGAAGAAUAUCCUAUGGCAGCUCCCAAGGUUAGGUUUCUCACCAAGAUAUACCAUCCUAACAUUGACAAGCUUGGAAGAAUCUGCCUUGACAUACUGAAAGACAAAUGGAGUCCUGCGCUACAAAUAAGAACUGUGCUCUUGAGUAUUCAAGCUCUUCUAAGUGCACCAAACCCAGAUGAUCCCCUCUCUGAGAACAUAGCUAAGCACUGGAAAAGCAAUGAAGCAGAAGCUGUGGAGACAGCUAAGGAGUGGACUCGUCUAUAUGCAAGUGGCGCUUGA